GUUAGGAUAAGAGAGAGGUUAAAGAUCGUUCGCUUGCUAAGUUUUGUUGCGUUCUGAUUAAAAGCUUUAUAAUGCCAGGUGGAACAGCAUUAUUCUCCAAUUCUUCCUCGAGAAGCCAAAAUAAGAAUUUAGUGGAAUUUAAGGCAGGUAAAAUGACCAUGAAAGGGAAAAUGGUUCAUCCUGACAAAAGGAAGGGGCUUGUAUAUAUUUACCAAUCUGAAGAUUCUCUUAUGCAUUUUUGUUGGAAGGAUAGAACAACUGGAGUUGUUGAAGACGAUUUGAUUAUUUUUCCUGAUGAUGUUGAAUUUAAGAAAGUUCCUCAAUGUACUACUGGACGAGUUUUUAUCUUAAAAUUCAAGACAUCCAGCAGAAAAUUCUUUUUUUGGAUACAAGAGGCGAAAACUGAUAAAGAUGAUGAUAAUUGCCGAAAAGUUAAUGAAGUGUUGAACAAUCCACCUCUUGGAUCUCAGCGCAGUGGGGGAGCUACACCAGAUGGUGAUCUACAGAAUUUGUUGAGUAGUAUGUCUCAGCAACAGCUGAUGCAGUUGUUUGGUGGUGUAUCAAUUGGUGGGCUAUCUAAUCUGCUUGGAACAUUGAACCAAGGGGGUAGCUCCAAAUCAUCAUCUCUUAGCGCUGCAACAACUACGCCUAUGAGUACUCCAAUGGUUGCUACACCAAAAACACCAACUUCACCUGCCAAUACAACGAAGCCUUUCAGUACACCUCAAGCCCCCAAAAAGUCAACAAAUGGAGGAGGAGCAACUUCUUCUUCAUCAAGUACGACUGGUAGCACAUCUCAACCAGACCCUAUUAUGCUUAGUCAACUUCAAAGCUAUCUUCAGAAUAUAAAACAAGAUGGCGGACUGCCUUCCACUCAACAGCAAAACAUUGACUUAUCAGCUGCAGUUAACCCUGAUAGCCUCCAGGCAGUUCUAAAUAAUCCUGAAUUUGUCAAGGAAUUACAAAAACAUUUACCAUCAGUCGGGGGCGAUACAACUACUCAAGAACAAUUGAAGUCAACUCUUCAAUCUCCUCAGUUUCAGCAAGCAUUGUCAAUGUUCAGCACAGCCUUUCAAUCUGGGCAGCUUGGACCUGUAGUGUCACAGUUUGAAAUGGGUCCCGAAGCAGUAAAUGCUGCCAACUCUGGAAAUAUGGAGGAGUUUGUAAAAGCUCUUCAAUCUGCAACCAUAUCCCAGCAGGAAGGUUCUGGAGAAUCAUCGACAAAGAAGGAAGAAGAUAAAAAUAAAAAAAAGAAUGAUGACGAAGAUAUGAAUUUAGACUAAUUUUAUCGCAGCUAGAUCUUCGAAUACCUCAUUAUUCCAGUUAUAUCCAUAGCCAAUAACUUUCAAUAUUUUCAAUGUGCUUUUCAGGGUUUUAGAAAUCAUAUGUUUUAGUAUAUCAUAAUUUUUGAAUAAAUAUUUACUGAAUAGCUGUGAACUUACUUACUCAAUUGUUUAGUAAUGUAAGAAAGGAUGGACUGUUUUCUGACCACAAGAGCUGAUGUUAAUUUUUGAAAAUAUAUCUCUAUUUAUAGAAUUCCAGUGUUAAAUUUUUUAAUUGAAAAAAAAAAAUGAUCAAGAAAUUUGUUUGUUGACUGAAUAAAGCAUAAGAAUCACUUAAAUACUAAGUGAAAACACAACAAUUUUUUUUUAAUAUAAAUAAAUUUCUUUAGCAAUUCGUAAAAUAAAUUAAAUUUAAUAA